AAACAUGGAAGACAUCCUAAUCAACGUCCUUUGCCUCUUCCUUUUUCUCACCACUUUGAAGCUAUUAUUCUUCAGAAAAAGAUCCAAAAACCCACCACCAAGCCCACCUUCUCUUCCAAUAGUUGGGAACCUCCAUCAACUGAAACAACCAAUUUAUCGUACCUUAUACGACCUGUCACAAAAAUAUGGUCCUAUAUUUUCCCUCCAAUUUGGGUCUCAACCCGUGCUUGUCGUUUCAUCUUCGUUCGCUGCUGAAGAAUGUUUCACCAAAAACGACAUCAUUUUUGCGAACCGUUUCCAAUCUAUAAAGACCAAGUAUCUUGGCUUUAACCAUACCAUUAUCACAGCAUCAUCAUAUGGUGACCACUGGCGCAACUUACGUCGUAUUAGCUCAAUUGAGAUUCUCUCUAAUCACCGUCUUAACUCCUUUUUGGGACUGCGAGAGGACGAGAUCAUGAAGUUGCUUCGAAAGCUAGCUAAGGCCUCUAAUAAAGACUUCACAAAAGUUGAGCUUAAGUCCAUGUUUGCGGAUCUAACGUUUAACACUAUCAUGAGAAUGGUGUGUGGCAAACGCUACUAUGGCGAGGAAUAUGAUGGGACCAACGCUGAAGAGGCUAGGAAGUUUAGAGACAUCAUGAAUGAGAUGGCCCAGUUCGGGUUAGGGUCGAACCUCGGAGAUUUUGUGCCCGUUUUCAGAUGGUUCGAAUUUCGGAGUCACAAGAAGUUACGAAAAGUUGGGGAGAAGCUAGACUCGCUAUUUCAAGGACUCAUUGAUGAACAAAGGAAUAACAAGGAUAAUUCAAAUACCAAUACCAUGAUAAGCCAUUUGCUUUCCUUUCAAGAGUCACAACCUGAGUAUUACACUGACCAAAUUAUCAAGGGUCUAAUUAUGGCAUUAAUUGUGGCUGGAUCAGAAACUACCGCUAUAACAUUAGAAUGGGCGAUGUCCAAUUUGUUGAACCAUCCAGAGGUGUUGGAGAAAGCGAGAAUUGAAUUGGAUGCUCAAGUUGGACAAGAGCGUUUGAUGGAGGAAGCAGAAGUUGCCAAGUUGCAAUACCUUCAGAACAUUAUCUCCGAGACUCUAAGAUUGCAUCCACCAGUGCCAAUGCUGCUGCCUCAUUACUCCUCCGAAGACUGCACUGUGGGAGGUUAUGACGUGCCACGUAACACCAUGUUAAUGGUGAAUGCUUGGGCCAUCCACAGGGACCCAGAGUUGUGGACUGACCCAGCAAGCUUUAAGCCCGAGAGGUUUCAGAAUGGGCCAGAUAACGCCCAUAACCUCAUCCCUUUUGGGUUGGGAAGAAGGGCGUGUCCUGGGGCAGGCAUGGCCCAAAGAACUGUAGGCUUAACUUUAGGCACGCUGAUUCAAUGCUUUGAGUGGAAAAGGAUCGGUGAAGAAGAAGUUGACAUGGGCGAAGGACGUGGAACUCUGGUGCCCAAGGCCAUUCCAUUGGAGGCCCAAUGCAAGGCGCGUCCAAUCAUUAGCAAUAUUUUCUCUGAUCCGUAGACAACGUUCAAAUGCCCCUGUUCAAUUAGCAGACUAAUGACGACUUUCUUAUUUUUAUUUAUUUAUUUACAAUUCAGAGUAUCAGUGUGUAUUUGUUCUUUCUAAUAAAUGAGACGUGUAGAUCUUUGC